AUGAAAGAAGAUGAAUCGGUUGUUGAUUUCUUCUCAAGAUUAAUGUUACUCAUGAACCAGGUGAAGGUGUAUGGUGAAUCGCUCAAUGAUUUGAAGAAGAUUGAGAAAGUGUUGAGAUCUCUAACUGCAAAUUUUGAUUACAUUAUAGUGUCUAUUAAAGAGUCUAAGAACCUAGCUAAGAUGAAGUUAGAAGAAGUUCAAGCUUUUUUAGAGGCUCAUGAGAUGAAACUGAAAAAGAAGGAGUUAAGAGAAAAAGAUGAUGAUGAAGCACAAUAUGCACAUGAUGGAGAAAGUGACUAUGAUGAUAUGCUACUCAUGGAAAAUACUUCUUCGAAUAAUGAACAAACGAAUGUGUGGUAUCUGGAUUCAAGAUGCAGCAACCAAUUAGCUAGUAAUAAAAACUGGUUUACCAAGUUAGAUGAAUCAGUAAAGAAAGUGAUCAAGUUUACAGAUGGCAGGCAUAUCACUUCAGAGGGAAGAGGAAACAUAGUUGUGGUGAGAAGAAAUGGUCAGAGGGUCAGCAUAACUGACAUAUUGUAUCUACCUUCGAUGACAAGUAACUUGAUAAGUAUAUGCCAAUUACUUGCCAAAGGAUAUAACAUGAAGUUGGAACAAAAACUAAUUAAGGUGUAUGAUGGUGAAGGAAGGAUUUUCCUUAAAGCACCAUUGGAAGAUAACAAAACCUUCAAGAUUUAG